UUCAGUCAUUGGGGCUUGAACUUGGGGCCUGGGCACUAUCCCUGAGCCAGUCUCAGGCUGUUGGAUUUCCCAGCCUCCAGCCUGCUGCAGGAGGAUGGGGCAGGACCAGACAAAGCAGCAGAUCGAGAAGGGGCUGCAACUAUAUCAGUCCAACCAGACAGAGAAAGCGCUGCAGGUGUGGAUGAAGGUGCUGGAGAAGAGCUCAGACCUGGUAGGGCGCUUCCGAGUGCUGGGCUGCCUGGUCACUGCCCACUCAGAGAUGGGCCGCUACAAAGAGAUGCUCAAGUUUGCUGUGGUCCAGAUUGACACGGCCCGGGAGCUGGAGGAUGCCGACUUCCUCCUGGAAAGCUACCUGAACCUGGCACGCAGCAAUGAGAAGCUGUGCGAAUUUCACAAGACCAUCUCCUACUGCAAGACCUGCCUUGGAUUGCCUGGUACCAGGGCAGGUGCCCAGCUUGGAGGCCAGGUCAGCCUGAGCAUGGGCAAUGCCUUCCUGGGCCUCAGCCUCUUUCAGAAGGCCCUGGAAAGCUUUGAGAAGGCCUUGCGUUACGCCCACAACAAUGAUGACACCAUGCUGGAGUGUCGUGUUUGCUGCAGCCUGGGCAGCUUCUACGCCCAAGUCAAGGACUACGAGAAAGCCCUGUUCUUCCCCUGCAAGGCGGCAGAGCUGGUCAACGACUAUGGCAAAGGCUGGAGCCUCAAGUACCGGGCCAUGAGCCAGUACCACAUGGCCGUGGCCUACCGCCUGCUGGGCCACCUGGGAAGUGCCAUGGAGUGUUGUGAGGAGUCCAUGAAGAUUGCCCUUCAGCAUGGAGACCGGCCUCUGCAGGCACUCUGCCUGCUCUGCUUUGCUGACAUCCACCGGAGCCGAGGAGACCUGGAGACAGCCUUCCCCAGGUAUGACUCCGCCAUGAGCAUCAUGACUGAAAUCGGAAAUCGCCUGGGCCAGGUGCAGGUGCUACUGGGUGUGACCAAGUGUUGGGUGGCCAGGAAGGCCUUGGACAAGGCUCUGGACACCAUAGAGAGAGCCCAGGACUUGGCUGAAGAAGUGGGGAACAAGCUGAGCCAACUCAAGCUGCACUGCCUGAGUGAGGGCAUCUGCCGCAGCAAGGGGCUGCAGCGGGAGCUGCGCGCGCAUGUGGUGCGCUUCCACGAGUGCGUGGAGGAGACGGAGCUCUACUGUGGCCUGUGCGGAGAAUCCAUCGGCGAGAGGAACAGCCGGCUGCAGGCCCUGCCCUGCUCCCACAUUUUUCACCUCAGGUGUCUACAGAACAAUGGCACUCGAAGCUGUCCCAAUUGCCGCCGCUCCUCCAUGAAGCCUGGGUUCGUGUGACUUCCAGCGGCAACCUUUCCAGCGGCUUCUGCCGCUCCUCCCUUCCAUCCUCUUCCACCGUGGGUCUGGAGGUGCCUGUGCACUCCCGGGGUGGCAGCCAGGACCUCCUCCAUCACAGCCAGAGCCUGCGCCCUGCUCUCUGCGCUGCCCUUCUCUGCCACUUUGUACUUCGCUCUUUAUAGAAAAAUAAAACUACACAUGGUCCCAGUGA